UCAGCGGAAUGAGGCGCGGAGCUGUUCGCCGCUCCAGGUGCUGAGUCCGAGGAAGGCUCCGGACGCUAGACUCGCGGACGCUGCCGCCGCAGCCGCCGCGAAAGCCGCCGCCGGAAAGCCGCGGCUGUGAGGAGCCGGGGCUGUGAGGAGCCGGGAGGCGCCGGUGGGCCGCCAGGCGCUGACUGCCCUCCUGCCCGCCGUCUGAGGUCCUGACGGCCUCGACCUCCCCUCUUCAGAAGGAAGGGCAACAAGGUCUGAGUGGCUCCUCCUCAGGUUCGUGGCAGGCCUUGGUGUCCCUCCCAGCAUGGCCCACUGACACGAACCAUGACCAGCUGGCUGACACCCGCCUCUAACCAGCCACACUCACAUCUUGCCAGGAGGUGACCCCUCCUCCAGCCACCCCCCAACUUGCCCACCCUGCCCAGGAAAGUGCCGCGGCUGCCACGGACACCAUGUAGUAGGGCCGGCUGCGGCGCCCAGUGAGCUGCGAUGGUUUUGUACACAGCCCCCUUUCCUAAUAGCUGUCUGUGCGCCCUGCACGCAGUGUCCUGGGCUCUCAUCUUCCCAUGUUACUGGCUGGUGGACAGGCUCACAGCCUCCUUCCUACCCACCACUUAUGAGAAGCGACAGCGCGCGGACGACCCGUGCUACCUGCACCUGCUCUGCACUGCCUUCUUCACGCCCAUCUACCUGGCCCUCCUCCUGGCCUCGCUGCCCUUUGCCUUUCUUGGGUUCCUCUUCUGGUCUCCCCUGCAGUCUGCCCGCCGGCCCUACAUCUACUCACGGCUGGAGGACAAGAGCCCAGCCGGUGGGGCAGCCCUGCUUGGUGAAUGGAAGGGUACAGGGGCUGGCAAAAGCUUCUGCUUCGCCACCGCCAAUCUCUGUCUCCUCCCUGACUCACUGGCCAGGCUCAACAACGUCUUCAACACCCAAGCACGAGCCAAAGAGAUCGGGCAGAGAAUCCGCAAUGGCGCUGCGCGUCCCCAGAUCAAAAUCUACAUCGAUUCACCCACGAACACCUCCAUCAGUGCAGCUAGCUUCAGCAGCCUGGUGUCCCCACAAGGCAGUGAUAGCGGGGCCAGGGCUGUCCCUGUGAGCAUUAAGAGGACAUCCUCUGUGGAAUACAAGGGCGAUGGCGGGCAUCACCCCAGCGAUGAGGCUGCCAAUGGGUCUGCCCCUGGGGACCUGGCUGACAGUGGCAGCCUUGAGGAUGCCUGCAUUGUCCGCAUCAGUGGCGAGGAGGGGGGGCGGCCACCUGAAGCUGAAGACCCUGCCACUGGGAACCAAGCCAGGAACGGGGCCAGCGGGGGCCCAAAGGGCCAGACACCCAACCACAAUCAGCGGGAUGGGGACUCUAGCAGCCUGGGCAGCCCUUCCGCCUCCAGGGAGUCCCUGGUGAAAGCUCGAGCCGGGCCGGACAGCAGUGGCAGUGGGGACCCGGGGGCCAACAACAAGCUCCUGUACAGGGCCUCGGUGGUGAAGAAGGCAGCCUCGCGCAGGAGGCGGCACCCUGAUGAGGCCUUUGACCACGAGGUCUCAGCCUUCUUCCCUGCCAACCUGGACUUCCUGUGCCUGCAGGAGGUGUUUGAUAAGCGGGCAGCUGCCAAGUUGAAAGAGCAGCUGCAUGGCUACUUUGAGUACAUCCUGUACGACGUUGGGGUCUAUGGCUUCCACGGCUGCUGCAGUUUCAAGUGUCUCAACAGCGGCCUCUUCUUUGCAAGCCGCUACCCCAUCAUGGACGUGGCCUAUCACUGUUACCCCAACGGUCGCGGCUCCGAUGCCAUGGCCUCUAAGGGAGCGCUGUUUCUCAAGGUGCAGGUGGGAAGCACACCUCAGGACCAAAGAAUCGUUGGGUACAUCGCCUGCACACAUCUGCACGCCCUACCAGAGGACAGCGCCAUCCGCUGUGAGCAGCUGGACCUGCUUCAGGACUGGCUGGCUGAUUUCCGAAAAUCUACCUCCUCCUCCAGCACAGCCAACCCCGAGGAGCUGGUGGCGUUUGACGUCAUCUGCGGAGAUCUGAACUUUGACAAUUGCUCCUCAGAUGACAAGCUGGAGCAGCAGCACUCCCUGUUUACACGUUACAAGGACCCCUGCCGCCUGGGGCCUGGGGAGGAGAAGCCGUGGGCCAUCGGUACCCUGUUGGACACAAAUGGCCUCUAUGAUGAGGAUGUGUGCACCCCUGACAAUCUGCAAAAGGUCCUGGAAAGCGAGGAAGGCCGCCGGGAGUACCUGGCUUUCCCCACCAGCAAGAGCCCAGGAGGUGGCCAGAAGGGGCGGAAGGACCUGCUGAAAGGCAACGGCCGUCGAAUUGAUUACAUGCUACAUGCUGAGGAGGGCCUAUGCCCUGACUGGAAGGCUGAGGUGGAAGAAUACAGUUUUAUCACCCAGCUAUCCGGCCUGACUGACCACCUCCCUGUGGCCAUGCGGCUGAUGGUGUCUGCAGGGGAGGAGGAGGCGUAGCCCAGUCAAAUCACCGGCAUCCAGAGCAGCAGGCCUCUGCCAGCUCUUUGAACUGCAGCCCAUCCUCAGGCUGUGUCCCCUCCAUCAAGCGCCCAGUGCUGGGGGAGGGCAGGGGACAAGGAGGGAGCCACAGUCAGCCCCAGGGAGCCUGGAAGCAGUGCUGCUCUUCGACUCUGGGGCCUUUCCGAAGACAGAGAUUCAGGCCGGCCCAGGAGCCCCUGGCUGCCUAACCAGUGCCAUUCUUUCCAAACGUGAUUUUCUACAGAUCUACAGCACAACCUAGUUUGUAAUCUGAGGAUUAGUAUGAGGACCCGGUUUAUGUACUCUUUUUAUCUCUUCUCAAGCUUCGUCCAGGGUUCCUUACUUUUGUCUGCUGCCAAUGUUGUCUCGCAUGCCUGUACCCUCGCAUGCACGCUGCCCGCAUGCCACGUGCCACACUGUAGCUACCCAGAUCCCUUGCUCGGGCCUCAGCCAAGGCCAGACUCCAAACACAAUCAGAACCAGCCAAAGAAGCACUUCCUGGGCUCACUUGCCACCCCUCCACCUCCAGCCCAGAAGGGGCAAAGUGGGGACAUGAGGGCUGUCGUGAUCAGUCAGCCCAGGGCUCUUCCCAGAGUCUUGCACUCAAGGGCGAUUACGUCUUAAAAAGAAAACAAAAAGUUAAAACAAAAUCACCCUUUAAAGGGCCUGCAAGUCACUAGGUAGAGCUUUGCUCUUCCCAAGACAGGGUCCCCUCCCCAGCUCAGGGGCCAGCUGGCUCUGACCACCCCCGGCAGCUCCUCUAGGAGACUUGGAUCCGGGACAUGGAGCCAUAACCACAAAUCCAAGAAGGCGGCAUCACUUUUUUACAGGAAGGGGACUCACAACCUAAAGGGGUGGGGGUGGGGACUUCAUUUGAAAAUGACAGAUUUGUACCUUCUUCUCUUCUAUCCAAGCCAAUGCAUCCUCUUCCUUCUGCCAAGCCCCUUGCUGCCCUUCAGACACCUCUCUGGUUUGGGACCAAUCCUUCCCCAGGGACUUCCCUCAUCCAUGUGCCGGCUGAGCUCAGGAACCACCUGCCUGCCCCUGGGUGGGGCUGUGACUCUGGCCUCCCAUGCCACCCUCCUCAACUGCUACUCUAGCCAAUACCAUGGCUAGGGGGACCCUGGAUGAAGAAACAAGGAAACAAGGUGCAGAGCACAGCCUGCCCCGCACCAGUGGGAUGAUCCUGCACCUGGCUGGGAUGGCCAGGUCAAUGCCACAUUGUGCCUAGGCAGGGAGUGGUACUGGCUGGCAUGCAGGCACACAUAAGCCACCCUUCCACUGUGCAGCCAGAGCCAGCCCAGGGUUGGCUGGCCAGUGACCCACAGUGUCCCACCUGGCCCUAAGCCUGGGGUGGAGGCUCUGUAGCAGCACUGCCUCUGCCCACCUGCCUUCAGACAGUGCAGGCUGCUCCUCAGUAAUAUAGGGAGGCUUCUGUCUGUCUCUGGGUGCAGGUUCCAACAAUCCCCACUGAUCUCAAAGCACCAUGUUCUUGUAUCCAGCCUGGCUCCGAGCCAGCUUUGCCCGGCAAGGCUGGAGCCAGCACCAAGACCCUGGUAUCAGGGCUGGUGCACUGAAGCUAUGCCUUGUCAUCCACUGAGCAGCAAGAGGGACAGGGAGAGGGGAAGAGCCAAUGCAGCCAGCCAGACACCAGGCCAUGUGCUGGGGGUCAACCCUGCAGCGUGGGCAGCUUGGGGCUAGGAUGCACAUGCACAGUUAUCACUGGUCUGGCCUGGGGAGCACUCCCCCUACCCCACUAUACCCCCAGGAUCCAGAGCAGGGGUGGCCCUGCCUGGGCUCCCUGGCAUGGCCCUCUCAAGGCUCGGGCAAGGAUUUAUGGAGGGUCCCCCACUCCCGGGAGCAGCAAGGACUCUGUUCCCACACAGGGCUCAACUAGGCAGGCCCAGCCCCCAGACCUAAGCUGCUGUGCACACAGGGAGAGCACCCAGGGCCAAGACCAGGGUCCCCACACCACUCCAGCAGCUUCUGUCCUGAGGGUGAGGCAGCACAUGUGAAGUCAGGCCCACAUGCUUCUCAUCCUCCCAACUCCCAGGGCGGCCUUAGGCAAGUUAUACCGCCCUAUGCCUCAGUCACUUUCGCUCAUCACAUGGUCACCGCUGCCUAGUCAGGUCCUGGCACCCAGAGGGACAGCCUGCCUCCCUAGCUUCCCUCACACCUCCCUUAGAGCUGAGGCUACAACUACCACACUUUUCAUCGUGGUGCACUUGUGGACUCCCAGGGCUGUGUACAACCAGGCUUUUCCAUUUUGAUUUUUAAAAAAGAAAGAAAAGAAAAAAUUGCCAGGAUUGAAGAUUCUGUGGCAUCUAUGGCCUGGGAGGGGGCAGUCAUAGAGGUCACUCAGAUCCCAAACCAAGGCUCUUAACUGGCCCCAGGCCCACCAAAAGGGAAGCCACAAGGCAAGUGGAUCAGCUUAGGAAGGAAACAUUCAUUUCCAUUUAUCCAAAACCACUUUGAGUUUUAGGUAUAUUAAUCUUGAUGCUUUUUAACUAUUGUAUUAACUUGCUGAGAUUUAGAAAUACUGUUUUAAAAAAAGAAAAAAAACCACUUUUUUAAUUUCUUGUAUUUUUUUCUGUAUUUUAUCCUCAUGGGACAUUAGGGGUUUUAUAUGGUAAGACACCUAAGGUUUUGGUAAAAACAUUAUCAAAUAUAUAUCCAGACAAUUCUUCCCUAGAAGAAAAACAAUCUUUACACAUGAUAAAAUAUUUUGAAAAAAGAGGUGGUUUUUUUCCUUUAUGGUGCUGAAAGGAAGGAUGGAGAAUAAGGAGGAAAUAAACUGUGAGGUUCAAGGCU